AUGCAUCUGUCUCUCGCAUUGGCGGCCCUCGUCGGUCUGUCGAGCGCUGUCGCGGUCCCACGUCCAGCGCCGCAGCUGUACAAGAUCCAGCUCGCUCCCGAUGACAUUCGAACUGUCACUGAGGAAGAGAAGUGGGCACUCAGGGCCGAACACAAGCACUUCAUCGACAUCACUGAUCUUGACGAAGAGCCCCCCAUCAGCCUCCAGGUCCUUGCCGGCUUCCCCACCGCUGUCUCACAGCAGACUGCCGUCAACGCCCUUCUGCCCAAGCUGAGCCAGACCAGGCUUCGUGACUUCCUCACCACCUUCUCCAACUUUCAGAACAGAUACUACACGGCUUCUUACGGCCAGCAGUCUGCUGAGUGGCUGUUGGGUCAGGUCCAGGCCAUCAUCAGCGCCAGCGGAGCUACCAAUGUGAACGUCAAGACCUUUACACAUUCGUGGAGACAGCCUAGCAUUAUUGCUACUAUUCCUGGCAAGAGCGCCAAGACUAUUGUUGUCGGUGCUCAUCAGGACUCUGUCAACCUCUCAAACCGUGCCUCGGGCCGUGCUCCUGGUGCUGAUGAUGAUGGAUCGGGUUCUGCCACUAUCCUUGAGGCUUUCCGUGUCUUGCUUACCGACUCUCGCGUCGCAUCGAACCAGGCAGAGAACACUAUCGAGUUCCACUGGUAUGCUGGUGAGGAGGCGGGUCUGCUCGGCAGUGGUGCCAUCUUCCAGCAGUAUCUCCGCGAAAGCCGUGAUGUCAAGGCUAUGCUUAACCAGGAUAUGACUGGCUAUGUCAAGCCUGGUUCCAGGCAGGUUAUCGGCGUCAUCACUGACAACGUCGACGCUUCCUUGACUGCGUUCACCAAGAAGAUCAUCACCGCUUACUCUACUCUUCCCGCUGUCGACACCAAGUGCGGAUAUGGAUGCUCUGACCACGCCUCGGCCACCAGAGUUGGCUAUCCCUCGGCAUUUGUCUUCGAAUCAACCUUUGAUGACAGCAGCCCGUACAUCCACAGUGCUCAGGAUACCAUCAGCACCGUCAACUUUGGUCAUGUUGCCGAGUUUGUCAAGGUCGUCAUUGGUUUUACCUAUGAGCUCGGAUUUGCCUCGCUGUGA